AUGAUAGUCCUGUGUGUGGGACCCUGCAGACCUGGGAAUCAGCCCAUCAAUCCAUCCUGUCAUCUGGAGAUCAUUAAAGUAGUUCAGGAACAUGAAUAUAUACAAGAAGGAGACAUUAUGAUUGGAGGAGUGAUGACUGCACAUUUAGAUAUGAUUAAUGUUACAUUUCCGUUGACUGAUUCUGAGAGAUUCCUGUGCAUUGAUCCCAUCCCACAGAAUUUUAGGCAUUUUAUUGAUUUUCGAUUUGUAGUUGAGCAAACUAACAAAGAUCCCACCCGGUUACCCAACUUGACUCUGGGAUACCAUAUAUACGAUUCCUGUGGGAACCCAAAGAAGGCUGUGAGGAGUGUAUUCCAAAUAUUAUCUGGUACCAGGGAGCCGGUUCCCAAUUACUCCUGUGUGGGAAAGAGAAACAUUGCUGGAUUUAUUGGGGAUAUUUCAUCACAAACAACUGUGCCCAUAGCUCAAAUUCUAACAAUUUUGGGAUAUUCCCAGAUCAGUUAUGGAGCUACAGACCCAUCAUUAAGUGAGAGAAUCACCUUCCCAUAUUUUUUCCGGACAGUACAGAGUGAGGAAAGCAGUUAUUUUGCUUUAGGAAAGUUGUUGAGACAGUUUGGCUGGACCUGGGUUGGAAUAAUUACAUCUGAUGAUAUCAGUGGAGAUGAAGAACAUCAGCACCUGAGCAAAUAUCUCUACAGUGAAGGCAUCUGCAUAGAGUUCACCGUAAGACUAAAAAUUAAUGAUCUCACUUCUGUGUAUACAGACCAUGAUUCUGCCAUUAUUUACCUCUCAUCUACCAGCAUUAUUUUACUUUGUGGAACAGUUUCUUUAUUUUUUAUUCUACAAUUGUCUCAUGUGACAUCUGUACUUCUGAAAAAGACAUUGAUACUAACCAACAACUGGGGAGCCAAUGAUAUGGUCUUUGAUUAUGAACAACAAAUAUUUAAUUGCAGUUUGGUGUUUGUGCCAGGUUAUCAUUAUCAUCUAGAUACUCCAGAAAUGAAGAGCUUUUUAGAGAAUUUACAUCCUUCAACAUUCCCAAAGGACAUGUUACUUGAAGAUAUUUGGAUGAUUUUUCAUUUGUGUUUGUCAGAAGAUCCAAACAAGAAUCAUUUAUAUGAAUAUAUCUACCUUAAGAGGCUCCAGAACUGUACUGCACAGAAACAUAUAACAGAUCUUCAAUGUUUUACAUCUGAUAACAGCUCUCCUCAAGUGCAUCUUGCUGUAGAUAUAAUGUCUCAGGCACUUCAUGAUAUGAAUAUGCAGCUUAAUGAGAAAUCUGUGAAAAACAGAGAAAAGCAUCAUUAUGUGCACCAGCAAUGGGGUUCUGGGCUACAGCUCCAGCCAACAGCAGCGGCCGUAUCUGUGACUGCUCGCCUGGGACUGACCAGCUCCUCCAGAACUACCAUCAGCUAUAGGUCCCACUCCCAGUCCUGCAGCAAUGUCCCUUCUUCUUCCUACAGGAGGGCUUCCAGGGGGGCUGGAUACCUGUGCACAGAAGCAGUCGAUCUGUCUCAAACUUCAGCGGUGAAUAACGAGUACAAGAUCAUUCGCACCAACGAGAAGGAGCAGCUGCAGGGGUUGAUCCCAAGAGCUCAAUGUUCAGACAGUUGUCUCCCCGGCUUCAGGAAGGCACCAAGUUCCACAGCCCAAUCCUGCUGUUAUGACUGUGUCUUGUGUUCUGAGGGAGAGAUCUCCAAUAUAACCGAUAGCACAAGCUGCUUCAAAUGCCCAGACAUGGAGUGGCCCAAUGAGGGGAAGAAUCAUUGUAUUGCGCGCAAGGAAGAUUUUCUUUCAUACACAAAUGAUCACAUUUCUGUGUUUAUAUCAUCUAGUUCUAUUCUUCUUUUCAUUAUAAAUCUACUAAUAUUAAGAGUUUUCAUUUCAUACUGGGACACCCCCAUUGUGAGAGCCAACAACAGGAGCCUCAGCUUCCUCCUCCUUGUCUCCAUCAAGCUGAGCUUCCUCAGUGUGUUUCUGUUCCUUGGUCGCCCUGUGGAUAUAACCUGCAUGCUGCGUAACAUCACUUUUGGAAUCACCUUCUCCAUAGCUGUCUCUUCUCUCCUGGCCAAGACUAUCAUGGUUUACAUUGCUUUCAAAGCCACCAAGCCAGGGAGCUCAUGGAGAAAAUGGGUGGGAGUCAAACUGUCCAAUUCUGUAGUCUUCUUCUGCUUAUCCAUUCAAAUAAUAAUCUGCAUGACUUGGUUGGCCAUUUCUCCUCCCUUUCAGGAACUGGACCUUCACACUUACCCUGGAACCAUCAUCAUUCAGUGCAAUGAGGGCUUAGCUAUUGGCUUUUACUCAGUUAUUGGGUAUAUGGGGCUUCUGGCAGCUGUUAGUUUUGUUUUAGCAUUUUUAGCUCGGACAUUACCGGACAGUUUUAAUGAGGCCAAGUACAUCACUUUCAGCAUGCUGCUCUUCUGCAGUGUUUGGAUCACAAUGAUCCCGGCCUAUCUGAGCACCAAAGGCAAAAACACUGUGUGUGUGGAGAUAUUUGCCAUACUCACCUCAAGUGCUGGACUUUUAUUCUGUAUAUUUCUGCCAAAGUGUUUUUUAAUUUUAUUUAGACAUGAGAUGAACACAAAAUCCCAUUUACUUGGAAACAAAACCUUACAACCUACAUAA